UGCGCUACUUGUUAUUUGUGCAACAAGAUGGCGGUGGCUCCCGAGAGCAGAGUCCUUUCCUACAGUGUUUAUAAAUGGAGUUCUUACUCCUCGACAUAUUUACCAGAGAACAUUUUGGUGGACAAGCCCAGUGACCAGUCUUCCAGGUGGUCGUCUGAAAGCAAUUACCCUCCACAGUACUUGAUUUUAAAACUGGAGAGACCAGCUAUUGUACUAAGUAUCACCUAUGGGAAGUAUGAGAAAACACACGUGUGCAACCUGAAGAAGUUUAAGGUGUUUGGAGGCAUGAGUGAGGAAAACAUGACUGAACUCUUGUCCAGUGGCCUUAAGAAUGACUUUAACAAGGAGACAUUCACGCUAAAGCACAAGAUUGAUGAGCAGAUGUUCCCUUGCAGAUACAUUAAAAUAGUGCCUCUGAUGUCGUGGGGCCCCAGUUUUAACUUCAGUAUCUGGUACAUUGAGCUGCAUGGAAUAGAAGACCCAGAUGUAGUCCAACCCUGCCUUAACUGGUACAGCAAGUACCGUGAACAGGAGGCCAUCCGCCUGUGCCUGAAGCACUUCCGGCAGCACAACUACACCGAGGCCUUCGAGUCUCUGCAGAAGAAGACGCGCAUUGCUCUGGAGCACCCCAUGCUCACUCACCUCCAUGAGCGCCUGGUCCUCCGGGGAGACUUUGACGCCUGUGAGGAGCUCAUUGACAAAGCUGUUAGAGAUGGCUUGUUUAAUCAGUACAUCAGCCAACAGGAGUAUAAACCACGCUGGAGUCAGAUCAUCCCCAAAUGCACCAAAGGUGAUGGGGACGACAGUAGGCCUGGCAUGAGAGGCGGUCAUCAGAUGGUGAUAGAUGUACAAACAGAGACAGUAUAUCUUUUUGGUGGUUGGGAUGGCACGCAAGACUUGGCAGACUUUUGGGCCUACAGUGUGCAGGAGAACCAGUGGGCCUGUAUCUCUAGAGACACAGAGAAAGAGAACGGCCCCAGUGCGCGUUCCUGCCAUAAGAUGUGUAUUGACUCUCAGAGGAGGCAGAUCUACACGCUGGGCCGUUAUCUGGAUUCCUCUGUCAGAAACAGCAAAUCCCUGAAAAGUGACUUCUAUCGCUACGACAUCGAUGCUAACACGUGGACCCUGCUUAGUGAAGACACGUCUGCAGAUGGUGGCCCUAAACUCGUAUUUGACCACCAGAUGUGCAUGGACUCAGAGAAGCAUAUGAUCUACACGUUUGGUGGGCGCAUUCUUACAUGCAACGGCAGCGUGGACGACGGACGGUCGUCAGAGCCACAGUUCAGCGGCCUGUAUGCCUACCACUGCCAGACGGGCACCUGGAGCCUGCUUCGGGACGACUCCUGCAACGCCGGCCCUGAAGAUGUCCAGUCCCGCAUCGGCCACUGCAUGCUCUUUCACACGAGGAAUCGCUGCCUGUAUGUGUUUGGAGGCCAGAGAUCCAAAACAUACCUGAAUGAUUUCUUCAGUUAUGACGUGGACGGCGAUCAUGUAGAAAUCAUCUCGGACGGCACCAAGAAAGACUCAGGCAUGGUACCAAUGACUGGGUUCACUCAGCGUGCCACCAUUGACCCAGAACUGAAUGAAAUUCAUGUUCUGUCAGGCCUUAGCAAAGACAAGGACAAGCGAGAGGAGAACGUCCGCAACUCCUUCUGGAUAUACGACAUUGCACGCAACAACUGGUCGUGUGUGUAUAAAAAUGACCAAGCUGUAAAAGAGAACCCCAGUAAGACACUCCAAGAAGAAGAGCCAUGCCCUCGCUUCGCCCACCAGCUAGUCUACGAUGAGCUGCACAAGGUGCAUUACCUGUUUGGGGGAAACCCUGGCAAGUCGAGCUCUCCUAAGAUGCGGCUAGAUGACUUCUGGUCUCUGAAGCUGUGCCGCCCCUCAAAAGAGUACCUGCUCAGACACUGCAAAUACCUAAUCCGCAAAUACAGAUUUGAAGAGAAAGCUCAGACAGAGCCUCUUAGUGCCCUGAAGUACCUGCAGAAUGACCUGUCUCUGACUGUGGACCACUCUGACCCUGAUGAGACUAAAGAGUUUCAGCUCCUGCCCUCUGCUCUCUUCAAGUCUAGCUCGGACUUCAUUCCACUAGGUUUUUCUGAUGUGGAUCAAACAUAUGCUCAGCGCACGCAACUCUUCGACACACUGGUCAACUUCUUCCCCGACAACAUGACCCCGCCCAAGGGUAACCUCGUUGACCUCAUUACCCUGUAGCCCCGCCUCCCCACACUACUCCACACCUCUCUAUGCCUCUCAGACUCCUCCCACUGAAAGCAGAAGUUAUUUUUCUACAUCUUUCCACUUCAGAUUUGCCACGCCCACUGAAUGUGUUCUCUUCACAUGGGGGAAGCGCUUCUGAAGUAACACUGAUGCUUAUUUAACCUACAACAACUGAACUUUCAAUGUAUAUAAAUAUGUGUAUGGAGGAAAUAUUAAGCCAAAUCUGAAAUCAUGAAGUCAUUGAAGUGUUUUCCCCUGCCUGGAGCACUUGGUUCUUUUUAUUUUAUUGGUUUUUCCUUCCUCUUUCCCUCUUCCCCCCCAGGUUGAGAAGGUUGAACGAGCAAGAAAUAUAAUACCCAAAAAUCUGCCAAAACUUUAUUUUUCUCCUUUUAUUUUAGCCAGCUUCAGUUUCAUGUCUGGUUCAGUUGUAUUAUGUUUCUUUUAUUUCAUUUUUGGAAGGCUUCUUUAGUGUUUACUUUAGGAGGGGUAAGUCUGAAAUGAUCAUCAGGUCUGUGAUGUGGCCCACACUUCAGCAACUGCUAAAGUUAUAGCCAGUGCGGCAGUUGUUUUCUUUUGUAUGUGUGGGCUGUAUAUUGUAGCAUUUGAUUGCCCUGUAAAGGUUUUGCUGAGACUGCUGUUGUGUGAGUGCAAUUUCAGUUUGCACUCUGAAUUUCUAAGCCUGUGGGAGUUUGUGAAUGUAUUUCUCUUUACCCCUGCUGCCUGUUUCUUUCUUUCUUUUUUUCUUUUGGAAAAAUAGAUCAAAAUGAUGGUCUUAGUCUGAACCUGCUGCUGUAAGGUUGUCUUCAUAUAAUGAUGCAACAGCCAUCGAACUUGAGCUCAGCAGUUCAGGAGUGCAGACUUCCAUUAACUGUUCAGUCAUUCGUAAAACCUCUAAGAAAAGUCAGUAGAUAUUUGUUGUGCGAUGUGAUCUGAACACGUUUUUUCAGAUGAAACCACUGGUGCUAAAUGACAUAGUUAUUUCAUUCCCAACGUUGUCAUUGUUAUAUUGUUAACACCCAUCUCUUGUUUAAAUGUAGUUAAUAGCUAUUUAUUCUUAGCUGACUGGUCAUAAAGCAUAACCACAACUGACGUGUCCAUGCUUCGCCUAAACGUCUGCUCUUUUGUUGAGAGAUUGGAGAAGGUUUACAUGACGGUGGCCAAAAUCCUAUUCACCCUAAUGAAUUUAUAGUUUGGAGUUUAAAUGCUACAUAGCAUUGAGUUUCCAGAUUAAAUGCUGCCCCACUGAGUUUAGAAACCUAGCAACAAAUCUGCUGUCAUGCAGUGUCUGCAUGCAAAAUAAAUAUUAUUUAAAAUGAAUAACACACUCUAAAUUUGCAUAUUUUGAUAAAAAUUGAGUUACAGUUUCACUUUAGGUUGAAUGGGAUUUUUGUAAACUUGCAGCAGUUGCUAUGAAAGGAUGCAUUUGUGGAGGUCAAUUCCAAAAGCAAUUCCUGCUACAUUUCUUCUCGUAAUGCAGAUGCACGACUCCUACAAUGUGUACCGGCACCGACUCCAAAUGAGCCUUACUGGGAACCGCCAGAUGUGUCAUAGCCCCUUUACCUUCUGUUGUCAGUAGUGAGAUUGUGUCUAUGUGUAAGGUUUUCACUUGUCCAGUAGGUCUUGGAGAAUCAAGGUACUUCUGCAUUACCUUUGCCAUUGAUUGUUCCUGUUGAUGGCCACGUGAUCCACGGUCCAGUGAUGCUUUGGGAGUCUCAUGAUGGCACUACUGGACAGGCCAGAAUGUUUUAGAGGUAGUCUUCCAUACAAUGGGGUGUGUAAAUAUAGACAUGUAUAGAUGUAUGUAUAUAAGAUCUACUAUUGAAGUAUUCCUAUUGGCCUAAUUCUAAAGCAUUUCCCCCUGAAGGCCUUGUGUGUUGGGACAUUGUGUUGAACUGAUUGGUAAAUAAUGUUGAUUCUUAGUCCUGUUUAAAUUUACUACAUUUGAAGACUAUACACAGUCUUUCCUUCGGCUACUCUGAGUGAAAUCAGAUGCAAAGCUGUCUCUGUAACUUGGUGCAAGAAUUUUCCAUUUUUCCGUCAAUAUGUUCUGACUGUCUUUGCUUAUUUCCAGCAGUGUUGCUCAGUUCUAGGGACAUUAGCACAAUAUAGCAACCUGUAUGGCCAUAUUUGAUUCUUACCAUUCUUAAACUUGCUGCUUAAAGGAAUAGUUUUCCACCAUGCAGUCGAUCAUUUCAGACAUUUUGUCCAAAUUCUGCUCGUUUAGUUUAGAAGUGGAGCUGCUAGGCUAAGAUUUCUAACAAACAUUGGAGGUAAGUAAUCACCCAAACCAUUUCCAUAAAAUGCUGAAAAACACUCUCAACCUACUCCAAUUGCAACCAGGUCAUGCAGACAAGUUGAUGUGGUUUAGAACACAGUGUGAAUAUGAGCUGUAAAAACAAAGAACAGUGUAGCUAAAAGAAGUGUCAGUCAUCUAAGACAACCGGAAUCAUUUCUUUCUUUCAUUUCUUUUCUUUCAAUUUUCCACAAUUUGGUAUCCUUACGCACAAGACGACCAAAAACAGGACUAAAGGAAAUCACAGCUCAAAUGCACCAUAGUUUAAUGUAGGAAGAGAAGCUAAGCAAGCUCACUCAGAAAAUCAAUGCAUAGUCAGAUUAUGAAUUAUCUGCACAAAUGAGCCUUAACCGUGUAUGUUUUAACCCCAAUGUACACAAGUACAAAUGUGUCAGUUGGAUGCUGGACCCACCAGUGACUCUUCAGACCCUGCUGUUUUCAUACAACAGGGACCUGGCAGUGUAACUGGUAGUGCCGGGUGAUGCUGAUAGUGUGUCUGCUCCUCAUUUUCAUAGGUUUAUCAUAUUAUAGUAAUUUAGUAAUUCCUUGGGUAUUACUGUGCAAACACUGUGUACCUACCUAGUGACGUUUUAUAGCAUGCCUCUGCGCUCCAGCCUCGCAGUGUUUGGAGGCAGAAUAGUACCGGAACAUAGGAUGAUGUUUACAUAGCUCAUCAAUGUAACUUGAAGCAACUGUAUGGUUUUGGUGACUAUUGACUUGAGUGUUUAUUUAGCACUGUUAGUCUAGCUGCUCCAGUUCUAAACUAAAGAGCCAUCUGCAUUUAUUGACUGCAUUUGGCAUAAGUGGAAAAUCCUGUAAAUGAAAAUUUUUGCUUAUGUAUUUGCUUCUCAACCUGAAUUUGUUUUGCCCUUUUUUUUGAAUCAAGACUCUCCCCAUAGUUGUUUCUUGGGACUGAUUUGAGUUGAGUGCUGCUUCAGUAAUUUAAGACUUGUGUGCUCGGAAGGUUCAUGAGCGUGUAGACAAAUGUGAAAGAGGAAAAACACAAUGGGAGCACCUUGAUGAAAUGUGAUGCCAAAUUGCUUCUUUUGGUGUGUAUUUUCUGUCUGAAAUUAAAUUAAGCCUUCCCCUUUUCAUUUUUCUCCCAAAUCCCUCUCACACUCCCCCAACCCCCUCGACCCACCAUCCUGAUUGAGGCUAGUGGGCUAUGUGAACACUACACUGUGGCUGACAUGAAUGUGUAGAACAUAUUACAAAAAACAUCAUUGUAUGUAAUGUACAUAAUGAAUAAAGAUUGUAUUUUGUUCAGGUUUUCUAAGUAAAA